AUGGAAGUGCACCUAGCCAUUCCCCCUCAAGACCUGUUGAAGGUGUUAGACGUACCCAAGCCCAAAGGAGCUGGAGCUGCUACUUCUUCCACUGUUCUGACCACUUCAGUUCCUGUGUUUGCCUCUAUUCCUAGAGUUACUCAGGCCACCUCGAAGAAAGGUACCUCACAGGGAGAUUCUCCUCAGAAGAUUCAAGCUCAACAAAAGAAGAGGAGACCUUUACUUGAGCCUGAGAAGGAAGUUUUUGAGGUGCAAGCAGAAGAAGAAGAAGAAGAAGAAGAAGAAGAAGAAGCAAAAGAAGAGUUAACCCAAGAGCAAAAGUCUCCCCUGAAAAGAAGGAAAAGAGUAGCUGUCCCUUCUUCUGGUUUGGUUCAGGAUCCCAUGCAUGAGACAAUGGUCAGAGUGGAGGAACUUACUUCGGAAGAAUCUGAAUCCCAAACUGGAGAGAAAGGAGUUGAAGAAGAACAUUCAAGGCCUGCACAAAGAAAAAUGAGAAGAAAUACGACUGUUUCUUCUUCUGAUUUUGUUGGAGACCCUAUACAUAAGGCAGCUGCUAAGAUGCAGGAUGUGAGGGUUAUUCAGAUCAUACUUCCACUUCCAAGGUCUACACUUCCUGCACUUUCCCUGAGGCCAACCAUUCCUGCACUUCUUUCUUUUGGUUUGACUCCACAUCUUUCCCACUUGACCUUCGACUUUUCUCAAUUUACUUCUCUAUCGAGCCUUGCUCCUCCUCCUCCUUCCAAGGAAAUUCCAACUGUUACCCCAUCUCUGAUGUCUUCUGUGUCUUCCACCACAACUCUUUCUGCGCCCCUUAUGUCUAAUGACGAGGUAGAUGUCUUCGAAGCAAGACUAGCUAGUCUCUUCGAUAUCCCCUCUACUUCUCCAGCAUUCGAUAAGGAAGCUGAGCCAUUAGUUUUGGCUGACUCUUUACUGGAAAUCUUUGAGAGCUUUUCUUCUUCCAGUAGCAAGCCCUCUGUACCUUUGAUAGACUCAGACACCUGCCUGGAACUGUUAAAUUCCUUUUUGAGGAUUCUCUUCGAGGCUCUACAAAGGCCUAUAAUCAGAAAUGGGUUUCUUCAGUGCUGCAAAAUUGUUGAGCAGUCCAGCAUGAAU